CUGUGAAAUUCUCAAUUGAAGUUCUCAGUGUCAAUACCCUUUUGCCUUUCCUCCCUCUCUCUCUCUCUCUGAACUGUGAAAUUCUCAAUUUUGUUUCUUGUUCCAUUCCAUUUGAAGAUGAAAGCAACCUCUUCUCUUUUCUCUAUUCAUUUGGUUCCAAUGGCUUUCAUUCCCACAUCCCAUUCAAACCCAAACCAUACCCUCUCUCUCACUUCACUAUUUGGAACCAGGAUUAUUACCCUUAAACACUCUUCCACUUCAACAACCCCUUCUUUUCUUCCCAACAAGAAUUGCCGUGCGACAUCAGCAACCGUGUCGUUUAGCCUCCCCAUCCCGAAACCCCAUUCGGGUACACCCGAGAAAAUCCCAAAGUGGUCAGCAAGGGCUAUUAAGUCUUAUGCAAUGGCGGAAUUGGAAGCGAGGAAGCUCAAAUAUCCUAACACAGGAACCGAGGCUCUUCUCAUGGGGAUUCUAGUUGAAGGAACAAGUAAAGCUGCAAAAUUCUUAAGAGCUAAUGGAAUUACUCUUUUCAAAGUACGUGAAGAAACAGUAGAGCUACUUGGGAAAUCUGACAUGUAUUACUUCAGCCCUGAGCAUCCUCCAUUGACUGAACCAGCUCAGAAAGCCCUUGAUUGGGCGGUUGAUGAGAAAUUGAAGUCAGGUGAAGAAGGGGAAAUAAAUGUGACUCAUUUACUUCUAGGAAUUUGGUCACAAGAAGAAUCAGCAGGUCAAAGGAUCUUGGCUGCUUUAGGUUUCAAUGAUGAAAAAGCUAAAGAACUUGCUAAAUUAAUUAAUGGAGAUGUUGAUUUGAGUUACAGGAAGCAAGCUUAACAAUUUUCUUGCGAUAAUGGUUGAUUGAUACCUGUUGACUAUUGGGGUUGCAAGCUCCUCUAGGGAAAAUUAACUAUUCUCUUCCUCAAGUUUAUCAACAAGUGCCUGCGUUAAUGUGCUUUAGACUUUUGUGUCAACACUGUUGUAACCAAUUGGAGAUGAUGCAUUUCUCAUUCUUUUUUAUGAAUAUUUUGGGGAAGUCAAAUUUUUAAGCAAUGUGUGAUGGUUGAAUUGCAGGCUCACUCUGCUUUAUCUCUCUCCCUUGUAACGUUUUCACCCCUUUUGAAUUUGAGUUGUAUCUGUACCAUUUUCCUAAUGGGGGAAUUUUUUUAUUAUUAAGUGUGACAGACCGUGUGUAUCCAAAAAUAUCACUCUAGUCCAUAUUUGAG